CAAGAAACUCAAUUGAACACAUUGUAAAUCUCAACAAAGAAUUAAUUAUAAUUAAUUAAACGGUAAUGAUAAGUUAACCAGUAUGGGAACUGCAGCUUCGUUCCUUUUCAGUUGCAGAAACAUAAGCAAACUAAAUAAAAACGAGCUGGAAGAGUUGGAGUCAACUACAAACUUUAAAACACAACAGCUUCAGAAAUGGUAUAAAGACUUUAUGCAAGACUGCCCUGACGGUCACAUGACAAAGGAGGUUUUUAGGAAAAUUUACGGUCAGUUUUUUCCAGCUGGAAAUCCAUCUCCUUUCGUUGACUAUAUUUUUAACGUAUUUGAUUCUAAUAAGGAUGGUGUCGUCACGUUUAAGGAAUUCAUUACUGCCAUCGCCGUAACAACACACGGUUCUGUCGAUGACAAAUUAAAAUGGGCUUUCAAGUUGUACGAUAUUGACAACGAUGGCUAUGUUAGUCGUUUCGAAAUGCUUGACGUCGUUACCGCCAUCUAUCAGCUACACGGAAGAUUUCAUGCUUCUGUUCGUGGUAGAGAUGCACCAGACGAACGAGUGAACCAAUUGUUAGUUAAAUUAGAUAAGGCCGAGUGCUCAACAAUGUCUAGUGCAGAAAGAAACAAUCAAAAAGAGCUGUUUAUGAGAGGAUAA